AUAAUCCAUCACUUUUGCCUGGAGUUUGUUUUGGAUUUCUCCAUCCCUUAUCAGACUGUCUACUCUAAGUUUAAAGGAGGACUGUGGUCCUCUGUUCAUGAAUUUGUGCCCUCUUUUUUUGGGAGAUGAGAAGUUCCCGCUUUCCUUUUUCUUCUUCGGGGAUCACUAGCUCCUCCUCCUCCCUCUCCAAACUUUGCUGUGGGAACUCCCUGCACAUCAUGGUGAGGUGAGUGGAGUAGGCGUGGGUCUGGAGCGGAGAGAGGCAGAGUGUGAGAAGCCAAGAGAGGAGUGAGGACGCUGUGGAGCAGCUGACGGCGCACGAACCCAAACCCUAAAAGCAAACUUAACAUGCAGUUUUAGUCAUCACUCCCCGUUAAAAAAGCUCGACCGGAAACCCCAAAACACUUUUCGGAGCAUACAUAUUAUGGUGGAUUAUUCUUCUUCUUCUUUGAAAAUGGGUUUGGAACGAUUUGGCACAAAAGCGCCGGGGACUGUUCUCUCCACAGCCCGCUCGUUCUGCUGCGUAAUCGGGCUCCUGGUGACUCUCUCUCCGCCUGUCUGCGACGCGUUCAACCUGGACGAGAAGAACCCAACAGUUUACAGCGGACCCGAGGGGAGCUUUUUUGGAUACGCCGUUGACUUUUAUCUGCCUGAAUCUGCCAGUGCAAGUGUGGUGAUUGGAGCCCCCAAGGCCAACACAAGCCAGGUCAAUGUCACAGAGGGGGGGUCUGUCUUCUACUGUCCAUGGAGCCUCAGCCAAACACACUGUCACUCCAUUGAGUUUGACACAGAGGGCGACCGUUUUGUCAAGCUCAACGAAACAGAACACAAGGUCGAUUUCAAGUCCCAUCAGUGGUUUGGUGCCACCGUUCGUUCCCAUGGCGACACUGUUCUGGCCUGCGCCCCACUGUACUCCUGGAGAACUGAAAAGGACACUCCCCGCUCUGAUGUCACCGGAACCUGCUACCUCUCCGUCCAGAAUUUCACCAAAUUUGUGGAGUACGCUCCAUGUCGGACAGAAAUCAGCGAUGCCGUGGGACAAGGCUACUGUCAGGGAGGGUUCAGCGCUGACUUCACCAUGAAUGGAAAAGUUGUAUUAGGCGGACCAGGCAGCUACUUCUGGCAAGGGCAGGUGAUCUCUGCUGCUAAGGAAAAUAUAAUCAGUGCCUACUACCCAGGCUAUUUCAUGCAGGCUGUGGAGGGCCAGAUCCAGACUAAACAAGUCCAGUCUGAUCAUGAUGACAAUUACCAAGGAUACUCUGUUGCUGUUGGGGAAUUCAGUGGGGAUGGAGUGGAAGAUUUUGUCACUGGGGUUCAAAAAGGACGUUUGCUUUAUGGUUCGGUGUCCAUUCUAAACGGUACGGAUCUGACGACCAUGGUGGAGUACACCGGCGAGCAGAUGGGGUCAUACUUUGGAUAUGCUUUGGCAACGACUGACAUCAACAGCGACGGAUUGACAGAUCUACUGGUGGGAGCUCCGAUGUUCAUCGUCCGUGGCUCCGACGGUCAUCUGGAAGAGAUGGGACGCGUUUACGUUUAUCUACAGCGGAGCCCCUUGAAGCUGGAGCUCCGUCUACCUCACCCAACGGGGACACAAGUGUUUGGGAGAUUCGGCAGCAGCAUUACAGCUCUGGGAGAUCUGAACCAGGAUGGGUUCAACGACGUGGCUAUUAGCUGCCCAUUUGGAGGGGAGGAUCAGAAAGGACUGGUCUACAUCUUUAACGGGGUCUCAGACGGUCUCAGGGCAGAACCAUCUCAGGUGAUCGAGGGCCAGUGGGCCGCCGGGGCUGUGCCUCCCAGCUUUGGGUUUUCCCUCAGAGGAGCGAAGGACCUGGACAUGAACGGAUAUCCUGAUCUGAUCGUUGGGGCCUUUGGGGUCAAUAAGGCAGUCCUCUACAGAGCCCGUCCAAUUGUGAACACCACGGCUUCGCUGACGGUCUACCCCACCAUGAUCAACCCAGAGGAGAAGAACUGCAUGGUUUCCAGUGGAAACUCCAGCAUUCCUGUUUCCUGCGUCAACUUAAGUUACUGUAUUUCUGCUGAUGGGAAGCAUCUACCGGAGUCCUUAGAUUUCAAUGUGGAAGUGCAGCUUGAUAGUCUCAAGCACAAGCAGAAGGGUGCAGUGAAGAGAGCUCUCUUCCUGGACUCCCAGCAGCCUUUGCUUCAGAGGAGCGUUCGGGUGCGCCGUGGUGAGCGCCUGUGCGAUCACACAAAGAUCUACCUACGAAAUGAGAAGGACUUCAGGGACAAACUGUCUUCCAUUUUUAUGGCCUUGAACUUCACUUUGGAUCCAACAGCUGCCAAUAAAGUCCAUGGCCUGCAGCCCAUCCUCAACUAUCAGAGCGCCAACGUGAUCGAGCAGAAGGCUCAGAUUCUGUUGGACUGUGGAGAGGACAACAUCUGUGUUCCUGACUUGAAGCUGGAAGUUCUUGGGGCCCUCAGCAGAAGGAAGGAAGUCUACCUCGGCGAUGACAACUCGCUGACCUUGAUUUUCAACGCCAGGAACGAGGGUGAGGGAGGAGCGUACGAGGCAGAGCUGCACGUGGUGCUGCCGCCCGAAGCCGACUACAGCGGCAUCGCCCGCAAUAAUGAGAGCUUCGCCCAGCUGACCUGCAGUUAUGAGACGGAGAAUCAGACGCGCUACCUCAGCUGCGAUUUGGGGAACCCGAUGAGGGCCGGUACCAAUCUCUGGGCAGGGCUGCGCUUCACGGUACCGCGGCUGAAGGACACGCACAAAACCAUCCAGUUCGAGCUGCAGAUUCGCAGUAAAAACGAGAACAACUCCCACAGUGAAGUUGUGUCCUACAUGCUCGAUGUGGUCGUUCAGGCUGACGUCGUUCUCAAUGGCGUGUCUCGGCCAGAUAAGGUCUUCUUCCCUCCGGCCAACUGGAAGGUGCCCAAAAAUCACGAGGGAGAGCCGGACGAGGAUCCUGCAGUGGAGCACGUCUAUGAGCUUAAAAACAAUGGACCGAGUCACAUCAGCCAUACGACCCUUGAUGUGCGCUGCCCCCUCCACGCCCAGGCCCACGCUCUCCUCUACCGCGUUGACUUCUCCACCAAAGGUCCCAUCAACUGCACCUUGGACAAGAACAUCACCCAAUUCAACCUGAAAUUGCUACAAGCCACUCCGGAAUCUCCUGUUCUGGCUCUGAAGGCACAAGAGCAUCGCGCUGAGAGGAGGGAUGCCCACAAAAAUCCACUCGAUCAUUCUACCAACUUGUCCUGCUCUAACGUGGAGUGCUGGACCAUCCGCUGCAACGUGGGACUGCUGGAGAGGGGGACCACGGCUCUCGUCAAAGUGCGCUCCCGAGUCAGGGCCGAGACUUUCAUGGAGAGAUCUUACAGGCAGUAUGUUCUGGAGUGUCUGGCUGCAUACAGUGUCAAAAAGAUGCCAUAUGCCAUACCACCCAAAUACUUACCGAACGGACAGAAAAAGGUGGUGACUCCAGUGGUGUGGAACAAGCCAGAUAUUGAAAACUUUGUUCCCCUGUGGAUCAUCAUUUUGGCGAUUCUGGCUGGCUUGUUGCUCCUGGCGGUUCUCAUCUACGUCCUCUACAGGGUCAGUGUUGCUGCGGAGCAAAAUGAUUUAGGAAUCGCUGAUGACGCUAACCUUGUCUUUUCUCUCUGCAGUUGGGCUUCUUCAAACGAUCUGGACCUUACGGCACGGCCAUGGAGAAAGCUCAGCUGAAACCGCAGGCCGCGUCUGAAGCGUAACGGGCCGCCGGAGCUCCACCAUGCAUUCACAGGCAGCCGUACGAUUGCAAAGCAGGAACGGGAUGAAAGGAGUGAAGAGAUGAGGAGAAACCACUGGAACUCCACUGUGCUGCACUAGAGGCGAAAACCCAAAGAUCUCCAAACCAAAUGAAUGUUGAUUUUUCUUAUUGUUCAUUAAUUUAUGUCUUGUUUUUUAAGAAGUUUGCCAAAGCCAAAAGGUUUGGUGACACCACAAAGGUGACUGCUCGAGGAGGGUGCAUUUUAUCUGCUUUAUGUUGGUGCUAUAGAGGUGGUGUGUGCAGCCACUGACCCCUGGGAGCCGUUAGUGCAGCCUAACGAGUGUUUCUCCAACAUCUCUAAAAUCCUGUGUAGAAUGGACAGAUUUAUGUAGGUUUUCCUGCAACAUUUCAUCAUUUUUUUCCCUAAAAAUAAGAGUUUUGAAGACUUUUU